AAGCCAAAGCUUAAGGUCGUCGUGUUCGCCAUUUACGCUUGUCACAAAGCCAGCUGAGUGGCCCUCGCAAUUAUUGGAGCUUCGUGCAGGUCGCGACGCGCGCGCUCAGUUCUUGUGCAAACGGCGGCAGGACAACAUUGUCCACUCCUCCGCACCCGGCUGCCGUCGUGUAGAACGUUUUGUAAGACGCCACCGUCGUCGCAUUGUCAAUAUCCAUGGCCUUUUAUUACGCAUAUAAAUUGGAAUAAAUAUUAACAAUGAAACAAUAAAUGAAUUGACUGACCGAGAGAGAGAGAGAGAGAGAGAUAGCGAGAAAAUAAAUAAAUAAAUUAUCAUAGUUGGAGAAAAAAGAAAGGAAAAAGAAGUGUAAAAAGUGUCGUGAGAAAGUGCGAAAUGAGCCACAGCAAACGCGCGUGGAAUCAAAAGCAGCAACAGAAACCGAAACCGAAACAGAAACAGAAUCAACAAGCGAAUCACAGUUCGCAUCUGAUUCACAGCCGAGCCACAGGAUCAACAGUCACCAGGCCGAUGAGGCAGAACAAUAGAGCCGGAGCCGGUGCCGGAGCCGGAGCCGGAGCAGCUUACAGCUGCGGAUUUGGAUUGUGGGCGCCGUCGCUGCUGCUGCUGCUGUUGCUGCUGCUGCAGCUGCUGGCCGCGACGCAGUCGACGCCGUCGCCCUCGUCCAUGCAGACGCCACAGAAGCGAGGUGGCAGCGGCAGCGGCGGCGGCGGUGGCGGCAACGGCGGCGGCGGCAGCUCCUCGGACAUAUCCAAGGAUCAUUGCAAUAAAACGGUGGACAUAUUCGAGGACAUCAGCUCGCCGGAGGUCAGCAAUCAGAAUCUGGGACGUCCCCUCACCUGCUGGUAUCGUUUUCGCACGCUCAAAGGAGCUCCGCGCGAUUUCGUGCUCCGGCUGCGCUUUAAGAAGUUCAAAGUGGGACAGCUGCUCAAUGCCACCCACUGCGAGGGCGGCUACCUGCAGAUUGUUGAUGGCAAUGCCAAAACAGACGUAUCCAAUCGCCGCGAGCCAGGCAUGUUCUGCGGCGAAGCCGAGCAGCCCCAGACGUUCAUCAGCGAGACGAGCUAUGUCAAGGUGCUCUUCCACACGGACAACUUUACAGAUCAGACCUACUUCACAUUCGAUUCACGCGCCGAACAACAAACCGAAGUCUAUUUACGCUAUGGCCAGCAUCCGGAAUUGUAUCCAAAUCGUCGUGGCGAAGUUGUGCAAGGAUCCUACUGCGAGCGCGAGUAUCGGGAUUGUCGCCUCCAGACCUGCUACGUGCAGUCGCCGGCAUAUCCGGGCCUAUAUCCCCGGGCCCUCAACUGCCGCUAUAAAUUGCAUACGCGACAGCCGUACAUCAAACUAUAUCUGCAGAACGAACAGUUUGCGGUCGAUGGCCAGAGAUGCGAGAACGUGAUGACCUGCCCCAUCAGGCCCAUAGGGUCUGGUAACGAGCAUUGCCCCUACGAUUGGUUAGCCGUUUAUGACGGGCGCGAUGAGCAUUCGCCGCUGAUAGGCAAAUUUUGCGGCCUGGGCAAGUUCCCAUUCAGCAUUAUUGGCACCUCACAAUACAUGUACGUGGAGUUUGUAACAUCGCCGGCGGGUCCGCUGCUCAAUACCGGCUUUCAUUUCAAUGUUGGCAACUGGCCAGGCCAUGUGGAGACUGCGGGAAUAAAGCACGGCGUCUGCGACUGGCUGCUCAGCUCCGAUUCGCUAAAGGACAGCAGCGCCAGCGAGGGCAUCUUCCUCAGCAUCGCACACUGGUAUCCACCGAACACCUCUUGCAGCUAUCACAUCAAAGGACAUCCCGGCGAAAUUGUGCGACUCUAUUUCCCGAGUUUUCGCAUCAAUCGCAUUGAAUCGCCCAUAUUGAAGUACGAGGGAGACUGCGGGGAGUCGCUGACUAUAUACGAUUCGGAUCAUGCGGACCCCGCUCGCAUAAUCAAAACAUUCUGCGACACCUUCUCGCGUCCCAUGGAGAAGGUGGACUUUGUGAGCACCAGCCCCUCGCUGUACGUCCAGUUCGACUCCAAGACGGGCAGCUAUAGCGGCAGCUCGCUCUAUUAUUGGGCGCACUACGACUUCUUCAACAACACACGCUUCGGUGAUCCGGUGCCCAAUACGCUCUGCGACGAGAUAAUGUACGCGUGGAAGCAUCCUGGAGGACGGCUGCGCUCCCCGCUCAACUCCCUCAUUUUCAAGCGGACCGGCGGCAGCGAUGUGCGCUGCCAAUACAAGUUUGUGACGGAUCGCCGGCUCUAUGCCAGGGCAAUUAUCGAGGUGAACUCGGUGUCCUUCAAGGAGCUGCCGUACAACAGCAACGCGUGCACGCGCUGCCACGAGGAGCGAGUGGAUAAGCUGGUUAUCUGGGAGGAGCGCGACAAGUUCCAAAACAACUUGGCCUGCUUCUGCGACAACAUACCGAGAGCUGUGCGUGUCAUAUCGUCGGCGGAUCAAAUGAAUCUCGAGAUGAUUGUGCAGGGUCAGCAUGCGAUUACGUCGUACUUUAAGAAUCCCAAUCCAUUGUUCGAAGCGACAUAUGAGUUUGCGCACGGUCCGCUUUGCGGGCCCAUCACCUUGGGCCCGUCACCCGAUGGCGAGCUCGUCUUUCCCUUCAAGAAGGCACUGGCCAUGGUAGCCGGGCCGAUGGCACCACCGGAGCACCAUUAUCGGCGAGAGAAGUGCAUCUGGGAGCUGAAGGUGGCUGCUCAGCGGGACUUGUGGCUUAAUCUGGAAAAGGCUCGCUUUGCUGAGCGCAGUUGCGAAAGCGCCAAAAUUGAGGUUUAUUUGGCCGGACGCUUGGAGCCGCGUUUCGUGGUGUGUCCGGAGAACAUUUCUCUGGCCAGGGAUCUGCCCAUACUGACCACAGCAGAGCUCGGCGCCACGGGCGCUGAUCAGGAGCCGCUGCCGGUGCUCAUUCAAUACACGGGCGACGGCCAGCCAGGCAAGAACAUAUUCCGACUGGUCUGGACCGAGCUGUUCCACUUGCCCCGCAAUCCCGACGGUAGUCUGGCCGCGUCUCUGUUGCAGGACGGCGGCUGCGACUUCCGCUGUCCUGGCGACACCCAGGUCUGCAUUCCGCGACAUCUGCUCUGCAACGGCAUCGCCAACUGUCCCAAUGUGACGCACACCUCGACGCUGGCCCAACUAACGCGGCACAUUGAGUGGAAUCUGGAACAGCUCGGCCUGCUACACCACGCCGGCGAGUACCGCCAGCUCGUCCUCCACGACGAGUCCCCAGAGAUUUGCCUGCGACGCGAUCUCAGCGAACUGCCCUAUGGCAAGCUCGCCCUCAUCACGCUCGGCAUCUGUGCGGUGUUUGCCCUGCUGAUUGCCAUCUUGCGACGCAUGUGCCGCGGGACGCCGAAGCAGCCGGGACUACAACACCUGCAGGAGGAUUACUAAGGCGCACAUCUCUGCCAGCCUUGGCUGAGUUUUCUGGAAAGUUUUCCGGUCGAAAUUUCUAUCAAAAGUCUAUUGAAGGACUUGAUAUACAUUUGAAACUGGGAGUUAAAUAUGGAUUUUGAUUUCAGAGAAUAUUAAAUAACUUAUAAUACUUAACCUGAACGCAUUUAAUUUUGCAUUCCUAUCAAACUUGGCUGAAGAUUCAGAUACUUGUCGGCAUGCUGUUUGCUCACACUGCCAUUCAUCAGUAUUCGCCUCCCUUAGUUCUGUGCACUAUUCUCUCAGUUUUAUUUCACUUAAUUCCUCAAUGAAUAAACGCAGUGCUUAAUAGCGAACACUUAUGUAUAUGUAAGUAGUUUUACAAGCUGAAAUCUAUAAAUUCUCCCGUGACAGCUAUUGAAUAUUAAUUGAAAUAAUUAUACGAUAAAAGCUCAAAACGUAUAAAACAUGACACAAAGCGAAAAAUGAUUAACUGCCCUGAUUAAAUUAAUUAAGCGUAAAAUUGUCACGUGAUAAUUGUUAAAAGAAAAAAGAGAGAAUAGUUUAACGAGAUGCUAGAAAUUAAUUAAGGUAGA